GUUACAAAUAUGGAAAACAAAAAACCAGGGGAAGGGAUUCGUUCUAUGAGAUCUACUACAGCAUUCAGAGUUAUAAAUUUUGAGCUGUAUGCAAAACCUAAUAUAGUUAUAAUGAGCUUAGGUCUGACUUGUUUUGGACUUGCUUUAGGUUAUAUUGCCUAUAUGAGACAAAAAUACGAAUCUAUGGGCUACUAUGCUGCAGUUAAUGAAGAUGGAAAGGAAAUAUUCGAGAAAAAGAAAUCUAAAUGGGAUUAAACAUUGUGAGACAAUCUGAGACAAUGCAAUAUCAAAAUGUUUGUGCAGGCUGUAGGUAAUAGGUAAGGCAAAUAAUAUAAUGAUAAGUUAUUAAGAUUGUUAGCGAAUAAAAUAUAUUACUUUUAACA